AUGACAGGGGCAGCAACGGCCAAGGGGACGGUGGUGGCGAAGGCAACGGCCGAGGGUUUGGCGGUGAGGGAUAAGGUUAAGUGGACGGAAGCUAAGAGUGACAUGCCAGUAACAUGGUACAAGAGAUACUUUGAUAUGCCUAGUGGAAACGAUCCGGUCGCUCUAGAUAUGACCGGCAUGGGCGAAGGACUUGCAUGGGUCAUUGGCAACUGCAUUGGUCGUUACUGGGUGUCCUACCUCAGUCCCCUUGGAAAGCCUUCUCAGUCAGUCUACCACAUCCCGCGCGCGUGGUUGAAGCCAAAGGAGAACCUUUGGGUCGUCUUUGAGGAGCAUGGAAGGAAGCCAAAGGACAUACUGAUCGUGACUGUGAAGAGGGACAACAUCUGCACCGUAGUCACCGAGUUCCAUCCUCCUCUCUCCCAAAUAGGGCCUAAGUCAUUUUUGAGGGAGGAUAGCGAGAUCAAGACCCUCGUCCAAGAUGUUAAACCAAGGGCUCAGUUGAAGUGUGAUGACAACAAGGUCAUCCGCUCCAUUGCCUUUGCUAGCUUCGGGAACCCCACAGGCGCAUGUGGCAACUUCACUGUCGGAACCUGCCACUCUCCACAGACCGCCUGCCUGGAGAAGAAUUCCUGUGUGCCACCAGUGUCAGCCCAAGCCUAUGGUGCAGACCCUGCUUGUCCCGGAACCACGAACACUCUUGCGGUCCAGGCUAAAUGUGCUCGGCAGAAGAAGGAUGACAAGGAGUGA